AUGGGCUCUCCCUAGUGCUUUGGUUAUGAAGAAAGAAGGACCGCUGGACUGUGGCUUUGCAAUGGAGAAGACAGAGGGAGAAACACCAGCACUGUGGCUCCCACCCUGUUCCUUGUCUCCCUGCAGACAUGUGUCCCAAAUCCUCUCUGUGCUGUAUUAAGGAAGGGAAAAGCUUAGACAUUACAACGUCUGCUCUCUUACAUCACCUUUUCCGAUUUUGCAUCCUAUAACCCGCUGGUGAAAAGAGGAACAAUGACUUUAUAUAGCUGCUGCUUCAUUCUUUUGCUAUUUACCUGGAACACGGCUGCCUACGGGCCAAACCAACGGGCACAGAAGAAGGGAGACAUUAUUCUUGGAGGAUUGUUCCCCAUUCAUUUCGGAGUGGCUGCUAAAGACCAGGAUCUAAAAUCAAGACCGGAAUCAGUGGAGUGUAUCAGGUAUAAUUUCCGAGGCUUCCGCUGGCUCCAGGCUAUGAUCUUUGCCAUAGAAGAAAUAAACAGUAGCCCAACUCUCCUUCCCAACAUGACCCUAGGGUACAGGAUAUUUGACACUUGCAAUACAGUCUCUAAAGCCCUCGAGGCCACGCUGAGUUUCGUGGCCCAGAACAAGAUAGACUCCUUGAACCUGGACGAAUUCUGCAACUGCUCAGAACAUAUCCCUUCCACCAUCGCGGUCGUGGGGGCAACCGGCUCUGGCAUCUCUACCGCUGUGGCCAAUCUGCUGGGACUCUUUUACAUACCUCAGGUAUGUUUUCGCUUCUCUUCUUGA